AUGAUCUCUCGAGGCGAUGCCUCCGCUGCGUCGCCGGCCGGCGUUGCUGCGGGCUCGGUUGCCGCACCCUUGUCUGCUGUCGGGGCCCGCGUGCCGGUGUCCCAGCCCACGAAGCCUUCGGGCCUGGUGCUCCAGAAGAGGCCGAGGGAGUACGCCGCUGUGGACCAGCCAACAUCAGCGGCGAAGAAGAAGAAGGAGGCGCCCGCAACCUCCGAGACCCAGCUGCCUACCGCGGUCGUCCCACCUCCAGCACGAAAGGAUGGUACCGGCUCUCGAGCCUCAGCGGCCGGGUCAUCUCUGCGAGAUUCAAAGGCCCGUCCUCAGGAGAAGGCCUUGGCGCCGACACCGCCUCUUCCCAUUGUGCCGCUGGGCCGUGACCCUCCUGCUUCGCCCGAUGAUCUAGAGGACGCUCUUUCUGCGCUGACCCAGCUUCGCGUCGACCUUCACGUCGCCGACCGCUGGCUGGCGUCGGGGCGACUGGAGUUGGUCUCUGGGUGGCUGCGAUCCGAUGCGUCCGUGAGGGCGGCAUGGAGGCAUGUCGUGGUGGCCUCUAAGGAGGGUAAGCAGGCUGCCGACCUGGCCGCGGCCGUCCGCUGGGAGGCAUUGAAGGAUGCCGAGGCUGCCAAGGAGCGCUGUCGGGCGGCGGAGGCCGAGCUGGAGACCCUGCGCAACGAGCGCGCCGCUGAGUCGGCGCGGGAGGAGGCCGCAGAGCGCAGCCGCCUAGGGGAGUUGAAGAAGGAGGUGGAGGAGGGGAAGGCCCGGCUGGAGGCCAAGGUGAAAAUCCUCGCAAAAGACCACGCCGCCUUUGAUUCCCUUGAGAAGAGGUCCCGCAAGGCGCUGCAGGAGCUCUACGGGAGGGGGUUGAAGGAGCCGUUGGUAUCUGCCGAGGAGGGCCCUGCCGAGCUGCUCCCCCAGCUUGUCGAGGCGCUCGAGGGCGUCGCCAACGGGGUCGGCACCAUGGUGGAAGGGGAAGCCCGUGCGCUCUCCUCUUCGGCCAUGACGCGCAUCUUCAGCCACCUCCAUCUUCGCGACCCGAGCACCGACCUUGGAGCGCUACUUGAGCCUGUGGACGAAGGACGCUGCGCAGCCGCCGCCGAAGUCGUGAAGGACCUGGGAGGCCAUGCUGAAGAAGUUCCUCGCCAUCGACCCCGCGCCUCCAGUUGA